GCAAAACUAACACCCCCUUGAUCAUAGAAAAAGAGACUAUCAUGGCAACAUGUGACAAUCUCUUCAUGGUCAAAAGUGUACACCUGUAAUUUUUCAAACAUAUAUUUCCGUACUAUAAAUAGUGACCUUUAACUUAUCUCAAACAAUCUUCGGAGUUCGGAUUAUUCUAAAACCAUUUUUUUUCCCUACCCAGAAAGUUUAAGCAAUGGCCGCGAAAACUAAGAUUCUGUUCAUCGGGGGAACAGGAUACAUAGGAAAAUUCAUAGUGGAAGCAAGUGCCAAGGCAGGCCACCCUACUUUUGCUCUUGUUAGAAAGUCCAGUCUUUCUAGCCCUGCCAAAUCUAAUGUGAUUAACAAAUUCAAGAAUCUUGGUGUCAAUUUUCUCACUGGAGAUUUGUUUGAUCAUGAGAGUUUGGUGAAGGCGAUAAAGCAAGUGGAUGUGGUGAUCUCUGCGGUUGGUCACUCUCAAUUGGGUAACCAAGACAGGAUCAUUACUGCCAUUAAAGAAGCUGGAAAUGUUAAGAGGUUUUUCCCGUCCGAAUUUGGAAAUGAUGUUGAUAGGGUGCAUGCUGUUGAACCAGUAAAAUCAGCAUAUGCUCAUAAGGUUAAACUACGCAGAGUUCUUGAGGCCGAAGGAAUUCCAUACACCAUUGUGUCAAAUAAUUUUUUUGCUGGUUAUUUCCUUCCAACUUUGAACCAGAUUGGAGUUACAGCUGCUCCAAGAGAUAAAGUUGUCAUCUGGGGUGAUGGAAAUCCUAAAGCGGUGUUUAACGUGGAAAAUGACAUUGGCACCUAUACUAUCAGAGCAGUGGAUGAUCCAAGAGCCUUGAACAAAAUCCUCUACAUUAGACCCCCAGCUAACACCAUCUCAUUCAACGAUCUUGUGUCUUUGUGGGAGAGGAAGAUUGGGAAAACCCUUAAAAGGAUUUACAUUCCCGAGGAGCAACUUUUGAAGAAUAUUCAAGAAGCUCCAUUUCCAGACAGUGUGGAAUUAGCACUUUUUCACUGUGUCUUUGUGAAGGGAGAUCACACCAACUUCAAGAUUGAACCAUCAUUUGGUGUAGAGGCUUCUGAGCUUUACCCUGAUGUCAAAUACACUACCGUGGAUGAAUACCUUGAUCAGUUUGUCUGAGUCUCCUACAUUAAGCAGCAUUUACCGUGAAAAAUAAUAGUGAAGAUGCCAUAAUGGCCUAUAUAUGGCGUGGAAGAAAAUAAAUGGCUGCAAUCCUUGCACUAAUUAUAUUAUUGAUCAUGGUAGCUGUGAACUAGACAUACCUGUUGAGAUCUAUGCUAUGUAUUAUGUUACAUGCCAUACAGAAUGGCAUUAAUUUUGAGCACAAGUAUUAAAUUUCUGUAAACACUUCAACCAAUGGAAGCAGAUCCAAACCUAGCUGCAUUAAACUACCUCGUCCUGACAAAUAAAAUACUGUGGUUGCCUGCCCA